UCCAGCAAUCAGGAAAGCAACACGGAAAAAGAUCAGGAAAAAAAGUUGUGGAGUGAAGCCUGCAGCCUGAACGGAUAACGUCUGUUACAUGUUGCUGCGUAGUUCUUUAGUCGGAAACAAUCAGCACAGAGCUUCAGGAGAAGCGAGGGAGGAUAGGGAGAGCGUGACGGAGAACAAGAAGCCGGGUUUCGGCGUGGAAAGGAGCCGUUAACCAGCCCGGUUCACAGGAGGGCCAGGUGUGUUUGUCCGUUUCCAAGGACUGCCUCUGCUGAUGUCACCGCAGAGAGGACAGCAGGACAGCAGGACAUCAGGACAGGUGCGCAGAGUAAAGUUGACUCGCUCGGACCGAGACAACAGCUUUUUGGACAUCAGUUUUCAUUUAUUUUCGUUUUAAAUAAGUUUUCUUCUCUGGGCAUCUUGUGGAAUAUCCACUCCUCUCUGUUGGGACUGACAGGCUCUCACACUGACGGGGCUCACAGGGUCCGUCCAGCUCCUUCAUAGCGAGCUGUUAACACCGUGGAAGAAGCUGCUGCUGUUGUGUCUCUCUACUGCUGUGAACUGAGCUGGGGGGUGUAGUGUUGUGUUUUGUUGUGUGGUGUGGUGUGAUUGUGGGAUCGAGCCGCCCCAGCAGCAUCACAACCACCUCUCUCCGCUUCACUGCGACACUGACGCAGCUGCUCUCAUCCCAGUCCGCAGACAGGUGAUGCUCGAGUAGAUUCAAUGGAAGGACAGAGCAUCAACAGAGGGACUUUCAUCUGAAUCAAAGGAAUGGAAUACAACACGAGAAAGCAGCCUCAACUUCUCUAAUCUGCGAUGCUUUGUCCCGUGCGUCACUGUGUCCUGAAGCGUUGAAGGACAAUCGUUGUUGGGACUUCCUGCCGGGUUUAUAAGAGCUACCAACAAUGUCCAAGACACUGAAGAAGAAGAAGCACUGGUCCACCAAAGUGCAGGAGUGCACCCUUUCGUGGGGGGGUUCCGGGGAGUUGGUGGCGGUGGUUGAGGUGCGAGGCGGAGCCGAGCUGGGAGAGUUCCCCCACCUCGGACACGUCGUGUCGGAGGCCAUGGUGUGUCUCUCCGGGAGGUUCCCGUGCAGCGGGGACGUGCUGCUUGAGGUGAACGGCACUCCGGUCAGCGGACUCACCAACCGAGACACGCUGGCUGUCGUCCGCCACUUUCGGGAGCCCAUCCGCCUGAAGACUGUGAAACCAGGUAAAGUGUUGAACACUGAUCUGCGUCACUACCUCAGCCUGCAGUUCCAGAAGGGCUCCCUGGACCAUAAGCUCCAGCAGGUGAUCAGGGACAACCUGUAUCUGCGCACCAUUCCCUGUACCACUCGGCAGCCCAGAGAGGGGGAGGUUCCUGGAGUGGACUACAAUUUCAUCAGCGUGGGGGAGUUCCGUGACCUGGAAGAAAGUGGACUGCUGCUGGAGAGCGGCACCUAUGAUGGUAACUACUAUGGGACCCCUAAACCGCCUGCAGAGCCCAGCCCGGUGCAGCCAGACUUGGUGGACCAGGUUCUGUUCGAUGAGGAAUUUGACACGGAGGUCCAGCGAAAACGCACAACCUCCGUCAGUAAGAUGGACAGAAAGGACAGCGCCGCACCGGAGGAGGAAGAGGAAGAAGAGAGGCCUCCUAUGGUCAACGGCCUGGCUGAGCACAAGGACAAGGCGGAGUGGAGGAAGACGGUGCCCAGCUACAACCAGUCGGCCGGUGCCAUGGACCUGCGUGUGUGGAACACGCAGGAUGAAAGUCAGGAGUCCUUGCCUAAAAACUGGGAGAUGGCCUACACAGAGACCGGCAUGGUCUAUUUCAUAGAUCACAACAGCAAGACCACUACCUGGCUGGACCCCCGCCUCGCCAAGAAGGCAAAGCCUCCUGAGAAAUGCGAGGAAGGAGCUCCCCCACCAGAGCUGCCCUACGGCUGGGAGAAGAUUGAGGACCCACAGUACGGAACCUACUACGUGGACCACAUCAACCAGAAGACCCAGUUUGAGAAUCCAGUACAGGAAGCUAAGAGAAAGUUGAGCGGUGACACGCCCACUGCACUACUGCCGCCAGCAGCCACACCCUCAGCGGAGGAGCCCAGUAGGGGAGCGCGGGUCUUCACGCGAGAUCCGUCUCAGCUGCAGGGCUCCAUCCUGCAGACGGCGCUCAGAAAAAGCCCCCAGGGCUUUGGGUUCACCAUUAUAGGAGGAGACCGACCCGACGAGUUCCUUCAGGUCAAAAACGUUCUUCCAGAUGGGCCUGCUGCGCAUGACAACAAAAUUGCCUCAGGUGACGUGAUUGUGGACAUCAAUGGGGCGUGUGUGCUGGGGAAGACUCACGCUGAUGUGGUGCAGAUGUUCCAGACCAUCCCCAUCAACCAGUACGUGGAUAUGGUCCUGUGCCGGGGCUACCCCCUGCCUGAGGACUCCAGCAGCAGCGAGGAGGCCUCAGGAGGCCUCUCCACCUCCAAGGACACUUCCCCUUCCCCCUCAACCUCCACGCCACAGGACCCCCACUACACAGUCCCAGACGGAGGAACCCUCUCCAGGCAGACUGCUGCCGUACCACCCAUGACCAACGGAGGACGUCACCACCACCAUCCUCACCAGCACCACCACCUUCCUCACAACCAAGAAGGCCCUGACCCCACUCUGCUGCAGCCGGAGCUGGUGAGCGUGCCCUUGGUGAAAGGCCCCGGAGGUUUCGGCUUCGCCAUCGCCGACUGCCCCCUGGGCCAAAAAGUGAAGAUGAUCCUGGACGCCCAGUGGUGCCGCGGCCUGUUGAAGGGCGACGUCAUCAAGGAGAUCAACAGACAAAACGUCCAGACGCUGAGCCACUCCCAGGUGGUGGACAUCCUCAAAGACUUUCCCGUGGGCAGCGAGGUCAACGUUCUGGUGCUCAGAGGAGGUCAGACAUCUCCUGUGAAAUCCCUAAAACCAUGCACAGCUCCCAUGUCCCAAGGCAUAUCCCAGCCUACUCCUCAACAGGUGCUUCAUCCCGCAGCCCAGCAGGCCCCCCAUCCAAGCUCCCAGCCCAUCGCACCGCCACAGCGUCAGGAGAUGAACAGCACAGAGGCCCUCGGUCAGCCCGAGGUGGCCCCCAACCCGCUCCCUUUCCCCACCAACACCCUGCGCUCGUCUUCACCCAAACCAGACGCGUCUGAGCUCUACCUCAAGUCCAAGGCCUUGUUGGACAGCAAGCCUCUUAACACCAAGGACCUGGAUGUGUACAUCAAAAGGAACCAGGAGUCCGGCUUUGGCUUCAGAGUCCUCGGGGGCGAGGGGCCGGAUCAGCCGGUGUACAUCGGUGCCAUCGUGCCGCUCGGUGCCGCUGAGAAGGACGGGCGCCUGCGGGCGGGGGAUGAGCUGCUCUGUAUAGACGGCGUGCCAGUGAAGGGCAAAUCCCACAAACAAGUGCUGGAGUUGAUGACCAACGCUGCCCGUAACGGCCAAGUCAUGCUCACAGUCCGCAGGAAACUGACACACUCGGAUGGCGAGGAGGAGGAGAACGGUCAGCAGCCCCAGCAGGUAGCGUCCGCCCUGGUCAACAGUUCCCCCAAGAUGCCUCGUGCAGACGCUCCGAACGCAGUCCAGCCCGCUCAGUCCUCUCGACCGGAGUGCUUUGACGUCACUCUGCAGCGCAAAGACAACGAGGGCUUCGGCUUUGUCAUCCUCACGUCGAAGAACAAGCCCCCACCUGGAGUCAUACCUCACAAGAUUGGCCGUAUUAUUGAGGGCAGCCCUACAGACCGCAUAGGUCAGAUGAAGGUGGGAGACCGUAUCUCUGCUGUCAACGGCCUGUCCAUCAUGGAGCUGUCUCACAACGAUAUCGUCCAGCUCAUCAAGGACGCCGGCAAUGCUGUCACCCUCACUGUUGUGCCUGAAGAUGACAGCGCUCCUCCAUCUGGAACAAAUUCAGCCAAGCAGAGCCCUUCGGCGCAACACAGAGCUAUGGGCCAACAGCCUCCCAGCUAUCCAGACAGGAACGGUGACACUGAGGUGAGGAACUCUUUCCCACCAAUAGAGAUGGGAACACUUGGCCUGUCAGGCUCUAAGCAGGGCUGUUUUGUGGUGGAGCUGGACCGCAGCCAGCGGGGCUUCGGCUUCAGUCUGAGAGGAGGGAAGGAGUACAACAUGGGCCUGUUUAUCCUGCGACUGGCUGAGGACGGACCUGCUCUUAAAGACGGCAGGAUACAUGUUGGAGAUCAGAUAGUGGAGAUCAACGGCGAGGCCACCCAGGGCAUCACACACACUCGGGCUAUUGAGCUGAUCCAAGCAGGAGGCAGCAAAGUUCACCUGCUGCUUCGACCCGGCCAGGGCUUGGUCCCGGAUCACAGUUCAAAGGACAAAGUAACCAUUCCAACCUCAAGCUUUCCCAGACUUUCUGUAUCUGACGGGCACUCGUCUCCGGCCUCUCCAUCCUCUGUCUCCCUCUCUACCUCGGAACUGUCCCCAUCUUCACCUAAAAUGACCGCCCCUGAUGAGUUCUCUGGGGGGGAUCCCAGGGCACCCGGGUCCCCCGGUGCUGGGCAGGCGAACAGAUCAAGAGGACAGCAGCUCUCUCACCACGACCACAAGCGUACCACCAGCCCCGGCACCCAGACCAGAAAACCAGGCAGGAACAACUCCAAGCCUGCUAGUCCCAAGAGAAACGCUGACGGCCGGGCGGAUCACGAAGAGCGCUGUCAGAGCCCCAGGAAAACCGAGCGAGGACACGGCGGAUCACUGGAGGAUGUGAGAAAAGACAGAAAAGCUCAAGGGCAGAGAGACCACCGUUCCUCUAGCCCCAGGAAGAGCUCCAAGAGGGAUCAUGACCCUGCUGUGCCUUUAAAGAACCUGGAGGAGCCCCAAAGCCCCAGGCGUCCAGCUGGCCAACAGCCCGGCGUCACCUCUGGAGAAGGGAGGCACAAGGAGGAGGAUGCAGCCUACUGGCAGGAGAGGGGGGAGAGCGGAGACAAAAGCUCGGGGACCGGCGAGCGCCACAAGAAGAGCAAAAGGGCCGAGCAAGAGGCAGCGGCACAGAAAUCCCACAGGGACAGGGCAGGGUCGGAUCCUGAUAGCGGCACCCUGAACCGGAGGAGUCGGAAAGAGAAGGGGGAAUAUCGGGAAAGCAAGCACCACGGGCCAACCGAAGAAGCGAACAGGAAGGAUCCCAGAGGUUCAAGCAGUAGCAUCCAGGACCCCAGUUGCAACGGGACCAGCACCAGCAAGAAGGCUCCCAUCACCCCCGGUCCGUGGAAAGUUCCCAGUUCUGCCAAGAUCCAGUCCCAGGUGGACACAACGUACGCGGAUGUCUGACGUCCUCCUGCGUGUAUGAAGAAAAAGCUGAGCCUCUGAAAGAUGGACAUUCAGAAUUGGAAGGAUUUUUAGUUUUUACUUUUUAGCAAUCUCGAACAAAGCAGAUCACUGUGUAACCAGCAACAUAGCUUCUCAUUGCUUUUUUGUUUUGUUUUUCACCCAGUUUGCCUCGGGUCGGUCAGUUUGCAUCAAGCUGCAUCAAGAUGUCUGAUCUGACACGCGUGCUAUUAACAGGAUAGUGCAGAUGAAGUCUAUUUUGUGCCAAUCAGAGACUCCGGUUCUAAAGAAGCUGCUCCGUAUUGCACUCACUGUGAGACUGUUUGUGGGUAACGGGAUGAAGCGUUCUCCCCGUCUACCCGCCUCCAUGAAGGAUCCUGCUCUUUUUUUUCUUUUUGUCACUAUGAAGGUUUAAGACAUAUUCACGCAGUCACUCAGCUUUUCUUCCUGGCGAGAUAGAUACACUGUCGCUGUCACUGACGGAUGCACUAGAAAGUGAAGCGGGUGAGUUUCUCUUAAAGGGUGACAGAGCGUCUUCUACUGUCUGUUUUUUUGGAGAGCCCGACUAGAGUUGUGAACUGUAUUUAGCACAUGAGAAGACUCUUUGACCCCAUUAGCUUACCAGAGGGUGGACAGACCACCCCGGAGCUUUAUAUGCAUCAAUCAGCAGACCAGAUACUUGUGGUUAUAGUUCUAAUGUUUGUUACAUGUGUGUUAAUAAUAAAGCAUAAUGUAAUUUAUUGAAAUUAUAUGUAAACAAAAACCUAGUACACAUAUCCACGCUGAGUCAUUUCACUUUUAAUGUGGACUUAAUGAUGGAAAUAGAAUGUGUAGACAAGCAUUGGCAUCUAAAAUAAUAACACUAUGAAAUCUAUACAUUCUAUUUCUAUGAUCUGUUAAACGGUCACACAAGCCUGAUUCAUAAUGUCGUCUACUGUUAGCACCUCUGUAUUUUAGGUCCUCUGGCUAUGUGUGUGUGUGUGUGU